UUUAUGACCAGAAGAAUCUAUUCAUUGCGAAAGCUUUUUCCACUGCUACUUUCCAGGUGAUAGAGAACAUUAAGUCUUGUCUUUCAGAUGUACAGCUUGAAAUGUUUUCGAAAACCUGUUUUGGUCAUUUCCUUAACCUUCCUGAUUUUAAAGUUCAACCCCAAGUGUUUCAUGGGUUGUUGCUCCGGGAGGUUCAGCAACCUAAUGAUGCUGAGUUGUGGGUAAUGAUACGCGGUGUUAGGCUUAGGUUUAGCAUUAAGGAAUUUGCAUUGAUUACUGGGUUAGACUGUGAAGGUGACUGUAGUGUCUUAGAUUUUAAGCAAGAGGUUAAUAGUCUUUGUGAAAGAUAUUGGCCAACUUCGUCCUCUAUCACUAAGGAAUCUGUUAGGGAAUGUUUUACCACCAAGAGGUGGGGUGAUUGUGAUGAGGAUGCUGUGAAGUUGGCGGUUUUGUAUUUUGUGGAGUGGUUCUUGCUUAGUGGCACUAAGCAUAAAAAUGUACCCAAGUCUAUUUUAGAUGUUGUAGAUAGUGGGAGGUACAAUGAAUUUGCUUGGGGCCGGAGUUCUUUUGAAUUGACUAUUUCCUCAUUGAAGGGUAAGCUUGAUAGUUGGGUUGAGGGUGUUAGGAAGGCAAGGAGUUCGGGAAAGAGGCCGAGUGUUUUUUACACUUUGAUUGGUUGUCCUCAUGUUCUUCAAGUUUGGUUCUACGAGUGUUGUAAGUACAUGAAAGGUAAGUACUGCCAAAAGGAAAACUCUCGUAUUCCAAGGAUCACUCAGUGGACAUGCAAUAGUCAGCCUACUUUCAAAGUUUUGAAGACUACUAUCUUUGAUGUUUCCAAAGAUAAGCUGCAACUUUCAAAUAUGAGGCCCACGGCUGGUGAGUUCAAAGCUUUGAAACUGAGCAGUUUCAAGUUCGACACCGACUACAACUCUUACAAGAGUCUUCCUGUUCCCGAAGAGCCAACUGUUGCUCAGAGUGACAUUUCUGUCAAGCUUGAUGCCUUUUCUGAGAAAUUUCAUGGGUUGGAGGUCAAGAUCGAUUCGUUGCAUACUUCCCAACUGAAGAUUUCAUCUGAUUUGGUUGAGUUGAAAGAGUUUGUGUCUGCACAGUUUGUUUCUUUUGGUGCUCAAAUGGCUUCAAUGCAGACACAGUUUUCUACUGUUUUUGCCGAUUCCUAUGCCAAGGAAAAAGGCAGUGACUCUUCCAAUGAUGAUGAUGGAAGUGGUGAUGAAGCAGAUUUUGAUUUAAAUGAAUCUGAAGAAACUGAUGAAAAUGAAGAAGAGAAUGUUAUGGGUGAUGAAGAAGGGGAGGGUAGUGAAGGUGAAGAGAAGGAUGGUCUAGCCGAUGAAGAUUCUGACUCAAAAGAAAAAAAUGAUAAGGGCAGUGAUGAUGAAUCCACUGAUAGUGAGGAGAAGGUAGAUAACUAGACAAUGUAACUAGGUUUUAGUUACUUUGUGUGGUUUAUUUUGUUGUAAGUCCGUUUUAGGUAGUGGUCUUGUAAUUCUAUGUUAUUGUUAUGUCUCUUGUUAUGUUUUAUUUUUCAGAAAUUUGCAACUAUUUUUCAGACUA